ACGGGCGACGGUGGAGACGGUGUGGUGUCGUCACAUGCGAAAUCAGCCUAAGUCAAAUAAAUAAAAACUUCGCUAUGAACAUUUCAGCGACAGUUGCUUUCGCGUUUUGUUGCAGUGCACAUCAAUUAUAAAAUAUGUGGAUGUUGUUUGUGCUCUUUCUGGCUGCAGCGGCUGUUUGUACCGCAUCUGAAGAUUGGUCAUACGAUUAUGAAACCAAAUGGCCGGGAGUAUGCACGACUGGUGAGAAGCAGUCUCCAAUAAAUAUAAUGUCGAGAGACGCUAUAGUUGACAAACUUGGGACGCACAUCAAGGGACCGCUGGUUUUCAGGGGAUAUGGUAGCGUGAACGUCAGUGGUGCCAACACCGGACACACGUUGAAAUGGACGCUGGAAGAAGACGAGCCCAGUCCUGUAGUGUCCGGCGGUCCAUUGAGAGGCAACUACAGCUUUGUGCAAUUUCAUCUGCAUUGGUUGUCGGAACACGCCAUAGAUGGAAUGAAAUAUCCGAUGGAAAUUCAUAUGGUGCACAUGAAGACUGGUCUAACCGCUGAGGAAGCAGUAGAAAGACCUGAUGGCAUCGUUGUUAUCGGGAUUCUCUGUCAGGUACACAGUGGCGAGGAAAGUGAAUUUGCCCUGGGAGAACUGCAGCCAUCUCUUCCGAAACUCAUAGAACGUAGUGUGGGCGCUGUACCGCCGACCGUGUUGGAUCUCACACGUCUCUUCAGCCCCAAUAUGCAAUCUUUCUACACCUACCACGGCUCGCUCACCACACCACUCUGUCAGGAGGUCGUAACUUGGCUAGUUAUGGACAAGCCACUCAUCAUAUCUGAUACCCAGUACAAACUCUUCAGUAAAGUGGACGUCGGCGGCAUAGACAAUUAUAGAAGUCUUCAAGCAAACAACAGAGUUAUUUAUCGCAGUUUAGCAUCCAGCUCUUCCAUAGCUCUGCCCAGCACCAUUGGCCUCCUAGCUUCAUUAUUCCACCUGUCUUCAGCUAUGACGAUGGUUUUCAGUAAAGGCGUAUGCACACUCGUAAAUAUCAAAAAGAAAUUCUUUGGACAUGAAGUCAAGGAAUGCAAAUCUGAUUAGAGUUAGGUGACACUAGUCAUUAGUGAGUAGAAUUAGAGUGUUUGAAAUUAUCAUAAUUACGUUUUAGAUGAAAGUAGUGACGAAGUUCAGCUUAUAGGGCUAAGGGCUAAACUCAAUCUAUAUUAGGGUUCUCGAGGUCUGAAACCGACGUUCGGAGGUUGUAAACGCGACUUUAUUUUAUUUUACUUCUUUUGUACAAGGCCUAGUCCCACUGCCUUAUAUGCAUGUAUAUAUGUUUUGUUUGAUAAUUUUUUUACUCAGACUUAAUUAAAAUUUAAAGUGGAAUCAAUCACAAAGCAGAGAUUUAUUUAACAAUUAUGAUUACAAAAUUAUUUUCUUUAUUUGAAGUAUACAAGGAAUGUAAUUAAGUAAUUAAAAGGCCAUUAGUCGAUAUAACAUCAUGCGAUGUGAUUUUAUCAAAAAUUAUUUCCCCUUGUUAUCAAUUUGAUAAAGAAGAAGUCAGAACACUUUGAGAAUGCUUCGGACGCUAAAAGAAUUAUUAAUUUUAUUAUCCUCAAUAAGUAAAUGUAUAAGUAUUGUGUCAUAAAUGAUUUUCAUAAUUUUCUCACUCUCUUUGACAAUUCGCAUCAAGGUGAAGCUACUUCUUCCGCCUCAUUGUUGGUAUUUUCAAUCUUCUGCUUGUAUCGUUAUUGGAAUUAUAAAAAAGACUUAAUGCGAUUUAAAGAAAUAAAAAAAAAAAACAAAACAAUACGUGGGGAAUAGAAUGUUCUUAUUCGUAACACUCGCUAGUAUGGCGUUUUGACUAAAUUAUCCAAUUUAAAAAAUGUUCUAUAUUAUACAAUUAAUAUAUACAAAACAUUAAAAAGUGUAAACAUAUUUUUUUUAUUGUAUUGUGUUAUUAAUAAUUGUACUUUAGUUGCUAUUUAAUAAUUUAAAUAACAUAUUAGGAAACUAGUCAAUGAAAUGUAUUUCAUUAUCGUAAGUAUUAUUGUUCGUAUUUUUAAUUAUUUGUAGAUUUUUAAGGACAUUUUUAUAUUUAUAGAUCUCAAUCUAUAAAGUAAUUUUACUUUAUAAAUAAUUUUGAAUUCUGUUUUUUUAUAAGUGAUAGCAAAUUAUAUGUUUUUGACAGUAAGUAAGUUUACUUUUAAUAUAAAUUAUAAUAUAUGACAAUGUUUAUGUUAAACAGAUUAUAAAUAAAUAGUUACUGAAAUAGAAAACUUACAAAUAUAUUAACUUUUAUUUAUAGGCUGUGAAAUUAUGAAGAACUUAGAAGUGUGAAAGAGAUUGUCUUAGAUUCUGAUACAUUUGUUGUUAGGUUAUUGCAUUUCAACUAUUCUCUGUACUUUUCCGUAUUUUGGUUGUGUUUUUGUGUUCUUUAUUUUUGUUUUUUAAAUAAAUUAUAAUAAAUAUUUACAACAAUAGUAUAA